CGCAUGUGCGGCUGUGCGCUUCGCUGCUGGGGCUGGGGGCCAUGGGCCCCCGGCCCCACGCUCUUCUUGGGUCUGCUUCUGUCUGCCGCCCCAUUUGGCCUGCACGGAGAAGAAACCCGCCAGGUGUCUCUGGAAGUCAUUCCUGACUGGGAGGGCCCCCCUCAGAACCUGCUUCAUAUCCGGGCAGUGGGCACCAAUUCCACACUGCACUAUGUGUGGAGCAGCCUGGGACCUCCAGCAGUGGUGCUGGUGGCCACCAACAGCCCCUACAGCACCCUGAGCGUCAACUGGAGCCGCCUGCUAUCCCCUGAGCCUGACGGGGGCCUGACAGUGCUUCCCGAGGACAGUGUCCAGUUUUCUUCCGCCCUUGUCUUUACCAGGCUGCUUGAGUUUGACAGCACCAACGUGUCUGAUCCGGCAGCAGACCCCCCAGGAAAACCGUAUCCUCCAUACUCCUUGGCUGAUUUCUCCUGGAACAACAUCACCAACUCAUUGGAUCCUGUCUCUCUGAGUUCCACAUUUCAAGGCCACCUGGUGAAUGACCCUACCAGGGCUUUUGCCAAUGGCAGCCUGAGCUUCAGGGUCCAGGCCUUUUCCAGAUCUGGCCGACCAGCCCAACCCCCUCGCCUCUUGCACACUGCAGACACCUGCCAGCUAGAGGUGGUCCUGGUUGGAGUUUUGCCCCGAGGAAACCGCUCCCUGUUUGGGCUGGAGGUGGCAACCUUGGGCCAGGGCCCUGACUGCCCUUCAAUGCAGCAGCAGCACUCCAUCGACGAUGAAUAUGCACCUGCCGUCUUCCAGUUGGACCAGCUGCUGUGGGGCUCCCUCCCAUCUGGCUUUGUGCAGUGGCGACCAGUGGCUUACUCCCAGAAGCAAGGAGGCCGAGAAUCUGCCCUGCCCUGCCAUGCGUCCCCUCUUCAUCCCACCUUGGAAUACCCUCUUCCGCAGUCACCCAUUGUCCGAGCCUUCUUUGGGUCCCAGAACUUCUGCGCCUUCAAUCUGACGUUCGGAGCUUCCACAGGCCCUGGCUACUGGGACCAACACUACCUCAGCUGGUCAAUGCUUCUGGGUGUGGGCUCUCCUCCAGUGGAUGCCUUGUCCCCGUUAGUCUUGGGCAUCAUGGCAGUGGCCCUUGGGGCCCCAGGGCUCAUGCUGCUGGGUGGAGGCCUGGUUCUGCUGCUGCGCCAUAAGCAGUACUCAGAGUACCAGUCCAUAAAUUGAGGUCCACUCUCGAGGGAGUGGAGAGGGAAGGACUUGACUGGACCUG